AUGCGUUCUUUCUAUAAAGUCUGUCUAGCGACACUCCCAUUGACCAUUCUGGUUGGUGCUCGUCAAUACUCGCCCUUGCGUUACAGCCGUACCACUGCCUACUCCGUUAAAGACUAUUAUCAGGGCAGUGAUUUCUUCGAUGACUGGGACUUCUACACUGGCUCGGACCCCACUGGUGGGAAUGUCAUCUACCAAAGCAAAUCAGACGCACAGUCUAAGGGACUUGCAUAUGUCAAUGGCGACUCUGACAAUGAUAAUGACAAUGAAAACGAUAACGGUGACACCGACAGCCACUCCUCUUCCUCCUCUUCCUCGUCCUCAAUUGUCCUGGCAAUUGAUUCAACCAGCACUGUUGCUGCCGGCGGCGAUCGUGACGCUGUUCGUAUCUCAUCUCAGACGAGCUACAGUGGCGGUCUCUUUGUCUUGGACGCGUCCCAAAUGCCUGUCGGCUGUUCUGUAUGGCCUAGUUUCUGGACCGUUGGACCGAACUGGCCAUAUGGGGGUGAAAUUGACAUUGUCGAAGGUAUUAAUAACCAGGCGCAAAAUCAGAUGACAGUUCAUAGUGGCACAAAUUACACCUGCACCAUUGAUACGAAUGAUUCGGAUGAAUAUACAGGUUCUGUCCUCGCGAGCAACUGCUACAGCACUGAGUCCUCGGAUGCGGGUUGCAGCAUCAUGGAUAGUAGCUCAACGUCUUUUGCGGAUGGCUUCAACAAUGCAGGGGGCGGUGUCUUUGCUCUUCUGUGGGAAAAUUCCGUUGGCUUGUCAAUGUGGCACUUCGCUCGGUCUGACAUCCCUGCUGAUCUCACAUCCCAAGCACCUACGCCUUCCAAUUGGGGCACUCCGUCUGGUUUUUGGUCUGCACAAACCUGUGACAUAGCAGACAACUUCUAUGAACACCAGAUGGUCAUCGACACUACUAUCUGUGGCAAUUGGGCAGGUGGUGCAUACUCGCAAUCUGGAUGCUCAGGAACGUGCACGGAUAUGGUCGCCGAUGCUAGUAACUAUGUCGAUGCCAAGUGGGUCAUCAACUACGUCGCCGUCUACCAGUAAACACCUGGCUUCAAUCCUUUAUUUUUCCCCUGCUUUGCUACUCUGGAGCGUCAUCUGUCUCAAAACGUCCUUCUUUUCUUUUCUUUGACAG